AUCCGAUCAGUUAUUUCCCUUGAUUAGAAAAUUGCUACUGCUUCGUUCUCAAUUUUAACCUGCUUCGGCCCACAUUUCAAGUUCCGUAUCCGCAAACAAUCUUCCGCAUAGAUAGUGUGUCCUACAACGCUAGGAUACCAUGUCUGCCAAAGAGGUCGAGACCGACCUUGAUGCGGGUGUGCUUCACAACUCCGAGUGGGUCAAGAGAUGGGAGGUUGGAGACAUAGCGUUCCACCAGAGCCGCUACGAUUCUCUGUUCGACUCCCAGGGAGAGGCACUUUUCCCAGGUGGGGCAAAGUCGGUGUUUGUGCCUCUGUGCGGGAAAACUCCGGAUAUGAUAUGGAUGUACAAUCAGGGUCAUAGUGUAGUUGGCGUGGAGCUAUCAGAGCAGGCUGUCCAGGAACUUUUCUCGGAGAACAAGCUUGAAGCUCGCGUGCAGCACGUGGAAGGCGUGGGGCCGCUGUACACGAGCACGGAUGGUCGGCUGCAAGUUUACGUAGGAGAUCUGUUUGAUUUGACCAAGGAUCAACUGAGUGAGUUUGACCGGGUCUGGGAUUCCAGGUCACUUGUUGCCAUCAACGUGGUAGAUCAGGAGAGAUAUCGCAAUCUGCUGUUGUCACUUCUGAAGAAAGGCGGAGAGUACUACCUAAAGACAUUGGACUAUGACCCCACCGUCUGGCCAGGUCCGCCACACAACAUCUCCCAUCAGCGGGUCAAUGAACUGUACGGGGAACAUUGCAAUAUUGAGAUACUUGAAGAAACGAAUCGCACUGGACUGAACCCAAACACACCCAGAGUACCACAUUCCGACGUCAAUCCCCCGACUGAUCCAAGCGGCGACGUGGUCCCUCAAGCGAAGCCUAGUUCCGCCGGUGCCGCAUUAAAAAUGUCCUCGUAUCUUUAUGACCGCUGGUAUAAACUAUUAUUGAAAUAGUCAAAUUAGACGAGAAUUCGAAAUUUAAAUUUUUUUAUAAAACUUAUUAACUUUUACAUGUUUUUGAUAAACCUUCCAUUUAACUUUUUACAUGGACAUUACAUGUACAAGAACAUUACAGCCGAAGUUGAGCAUUGACACAGCAUUUAACAGACGGAUAUAAAUGCUUGUACAGAAAAACAAAAUUAUUCGUUUUUGGUAACACGCUUGUCGAUUGUCCCCAUGCAUAGAUGCACAAAAGCGUGAUUUUAUUUACAAUUAACGUCGUUAUAUAUUAAAAUGUGAAUGUGUUCUAGUUAAUUUUGUUAUUCGGUUGAAUAAAGUGUAAUAAACCUA